AGCUGGGACUUCCUUGGCAAGUCAGUCAGUAGCCAUGGAGUUGCGGUACGGAUUGGUCGCGUUUCUAGCGGUCACCACCGCGGUAUUUGCUACACCUCUCCUCAAUGAACUUCCACCAGGAAAGGAAUGGCCAGAACGUUUGUCUGUCAAGCAACCUUACGAACCAGAGAUACCAACAGAAAGCCCAGAAUAUUAUUCAACUUUUUCAUCAGAUCUCUCAUUCGAUGAAAAACCUUCAGAAAACAUUAAUGAAAUAUUACCAGCGUUGAACGAAAAAGUAGAAAAUAUAGAAGUUGCUGACAGAAUUACUCCACCUGUUACUAAUGUUGAAAAAUCUGAAACCAUAAAUGGAAAUUUGCCAAAUGUAAACGAUAAAGCCGAUCAAAAGAGAGAAACAAAUGAAUUCCAAAAAGACCUUCUAGGCGCUGCUAAGGAUGCCGAGAAAGAGAAUAAGGUGAACUACUCAGGGGCUCAAGUGUGGAAGGUCUCAACUGAGAAGAGUGGUGUUCGCACACUCCUUGGGCGCCUACGAAGGAGGAACUUAAUCGCCACAUGGUCAGGAAACCAUUCUUAUGUAGACGUUUUCGUCAAGCCCCAUGCUGUGGAGAAUGUAACAAGAGCGUUCAAAAGAGAAAAUAUAGAAUAUGAUAUCGUCAUCGAUGAUCUACAAAAGCGAAUCGACGAAGAGAACCCACCACUAGAUCAAAACGAAAUCGAAUUGCAGGAUAGAAGAGGACAUCGAAUGACGUGGAAGCAAUAUCAUAGACUUGAGGAUAUCCACGGAUUUUUAGACUACUUAGCCAAAACAUAUCCCGCUAUCAUAAGCGUUCGGUCUAUAGGAAAAUCAUUUGAAGGAAGAGAUCUUAAGGUAUUGCGUAUUUCAAAUGGUCAACCUUCAAAUAAGGCAGUGUUCAUAGAUGGUGGAAUACAUGCGCGGGAGUGGAUAAGUCCAGCAACAGUCACGUAUUUUAUCAACCAAUUCGCUGAAAACUUUGACGAUGAGGAAGACGACAUCAGAAAUAUAGACUGGUAUUUCCUUCCCGUGGUGAACCCCGAUGGUUACGAAUACACCCACACCGCUGAUCGUUUAUGGAGAAAAAACAGAAAACCAGCUGUUGGCAGGCAAUGCGCUGGUACCGAUCUUAAUAGGAAUUUCGGAUACCGUUGGGGCGGCAAGGGUGCUUCAGCCAAUCCCUGCAGCGACAUUUUCAGAGGAAACCGAAUGUUCUCAGAGCCAGAAUCAAAAGCUUUGGCAGAUUUUAUCAAGAAUACAGCAGCUAACUUUACAGCAUACCUAACAUACCACAGUUAUGGCCAGUACAUUCUGUACCCAUGGGGAUAUGAUAAUGUGGUGCCCCCAGAUCACCAAAGCUUAGAUGAGGUUGGAAAGAGCAUGGCAGAUGCAAUAAAAGAAACGGGUGGGUCAAAAUACACAGUGGGAUCAUCAAGUGGAGUAUUGUAUCCUGCUGCCGGAGGAUCAGAUGACUGGGCAAAAGGACAAGGAAUCAAGUACACAUUUACAAUAGAACUGGGUGACACAGGCCAAUAUGGUUUCAUAUUGCCUACCUCACACAUUGUACCUGUUGCUAAGGAAUCUCUGGCUGGAUUAAGAGUAUUGGCACGUUAUGUAAACAAAUAUUAAAUUUGUACUAUUUAUUUUAUUUCUAAGGUUGUGAUUUAAACUUUAUAUUUAAGAAUUUUAAUAAAUAAUUAAUCUUG